AUGUCAAUCACACCGACACCAGAACACCAUGAUAAAUCAUCAUUAAAACAUCUAACAUCGAAAAUCCAGCUUAACCCUCAACUAAGAACAUCUUUUGACCUGUCUAAUUACAAUUCACCUAUUUCUGUUCGUGGUAACCGUCCUACUUCAGAAGUUUUUGUACGAACUCCACAAAAAACACAAAUGCCGGAAGUUGCUGCCUUUGAUAAAUGGCUUGAGGAUUUGCAAAGCUAUGAAAACACAUUGGAAGAAAUGGAAUCUGCAUCUUUGGAUCAAAAUUUCAAGGAAGAAUUAGGAGCAAUAGAACAAUGGUUCCGCGUACUCUCAGAAGCAGAACGUACAGCAGCGCUGUAUUCUCUUUUACAUCAAGCCACUCAAGUCCAAAUACGCUUUUUUAUAACUAUUCUUCAACAAAUGGCUCGUAAUGACCCAAUGAAUGCUUUCUUGUCUCCAGCAAAUCUUGAUAAAGAUUAUAUGAAAAACAGUUUAUCAAGUGCAAUAAAUCAACUUAGUCUUGAUAGGAAGAAUGGGGUUGUAAUAAAGCCUCUUUCUCCAUCUAUUAAUCAUUCUUCCUCAGUACAUAUUCAAAAUGGAUCACAUUUAGAAGCAAAAACAAUCAAUGCAAUGUUUCAGAAUGCCCCUACAACAUUGGCUAGUCAAAAAACAAGACUAAGUACUAAUUGUAACACUAGCGUCUUUAAUAGUACACAUAAUCAAGAUACAGUAUCAGUACAUAAUAACAAUAGUCCAAUAUUAUUAAAGCAGGACACAUUAGCGUCACCUUUAUGGUCUCAGUCUUUAAAUAAGAUUCCUGAAAGUACCCCUUUAGAGCUUAAUCGACCCAAAUCAGUAGAUAUUGGAAAGAUUCAAAAUACACAACAAAUGAAUCCUCAUAUUAUUGAUAAUUCUAUAUCUAACACUGACUAUGGGGAAUUUUCUCCUUUUAGUCCUGCUGGCAAUUGGGCAUCCAUGGUUAAUACACCAGCAGUUCCAAUGUUUUCUCAAGCACCUUCACAAAACAGCGAUCUUCUUAAAGGAGCAACAUCGAAAUUAGCAUCCUUAUCGUCGAGCAUUCAGAACAGCGAUCCUGUUAUUCUUGAUACAGAUGUAAAAAAGUAUCGAAGAGGGAAAAAUAUACUAUUGUCGUCUAUCACGGAUAACAAUGGAUACGGUUCUCAUCCUACAAAUACUUUAAUGUAUACAGAACAUGGACAUUUGAUGCAAGUACCUUCUCAACGUAGCGUUUCCUCUCCUUUAUUGUUACGGAAGAUAUCACCAAAAUCGGAUUCAUCUAUUCCUCCAGGAUUUACAGAAACACCUGGAUGGCAUGUAUCAGCAUCUUCUCAAUCUAAUGGAUAUCUCGCACCCUUUGAAGUAUCAUCUCCAUUAUUAAGUGUAGAGGAAUAUAUAUCAGACAAUUCAGACGCAAUUACAACAAAUAGGAAAGGAAGACGAGUAACAUCCAAGCCUCCUGAAAACCCGGUUAAUGAUUUGUUACUAAAUGACAUUCCUGCUUGGCUAAGAGGGUUAAGACUUCACAAAUAUUCUGACAAUUUGGGAGAUAUGAAUUGGGAGGAACUUAUUGAAAUGACAGAUGAGCAACUGGAAAUGAAAGGAGUUGCAGCCCUUGGUGCACGACGCAAACUCCUUAAAAGUUUUGAUCAAAUAAAAGAAGCACGGAGCUUGGGGAAAUUUUAG